CCAUAAAGGAUGAAGUGUAGGAAGCGGCGUUGCGUUUGCGUAACAAAAUAACGACGAAGAUUCCGAGAUCAUCACAUGGGAACGACGAUGACAUUUAUGGAAGAUUCAUUGGAAUCCGAACGAGUCGACUCAACGAUUCGUCCCCCAUUUCUCUAAACCAACUACUCUUUCCUUCUCCCAUUCUCACCACAUUCACUCCCACUGCUACUUCUUCUUCUCCUAUUUCUUCCAUUGUACGGAAUACGGAUCAUCAGAUUUGCAGGUCAGUAAGAAGUAAGAGUCUGUUCCAUUGAUCAAUGACUCGGGGUUUUCAUGAGAGUCAAACAAUUGCAUACGUUUUAAGUAGCGUUAGUGAAAAUGUGAGACACCGUUGCUUUGGAUCCAUGCUUGGCAUCGCAGCUUUCUUAAAAUUGAAGCUUCUUCUCACCAUUGUUCCCCUAAAUCUGAGUCCAGUUGUCUAUGGAUUGGCUUCACAACUCUUGUGUUUUGAAUUUGUUUUAUCUGCACAAAAUCAGGCUUAUGAUUUGGACCAUUGAAAGUCAAUUGUGGACACUAUACAGUACACAAUGAUCGGCAAGCAGCAUCUGUUAACGUACAUAUACCUUUUACUUUACAUCACCCUUUCAUCUGGGGUUAUUCUCUACAACAAGUGGUUCCUCUCUACAAGGUACUUCAACUUUCCAUAUCCAAUCACACUCACCAUGAUUCAUAUGGGUUUUUCUGGUGCUGUGGCCUUCUUUCUUAUCCGUGUUGUCAAGGUUGUUUCUCCUAUCAAAAUGACCUUCAAAAUAUACAUGACUUGUGUGGUUCCCAUAAGUGCCUUCUUUGCAUCAAGUCUAUGGUUUGGCAAUACUGCUUAUUUGUUCAUUUCUGUGGCCUUCAUCCAGAUGCUUAAAGCCCUAAUGCCUGUGGCAACAUUCCUAGUAGCUGUGUUUUGUGGCACAGAUGUUUUAAGGUGUGAUGUGUUCUUAAACAUGGUGCUUAUCAGUGUUGGAGUGGCUGUAUCUUCAUAUGGGGAAAUUCAUUUUAACAUGACUGGUACUGUUUACCAAGUCAUGGGAAUUGUUGGAGAGGCCCUCAGGCUUGUAUUGACACAAGUUCUUCUUCAGAACAAGGGUUUAACUCUAAAUCCUGUUACCACUCUUUAUUACAUAGCACCAUGCAGCUUUGUGUUUCUCUCUAUUCCUUGGUAUAUUUUGGAGAGUCCUGCAUUAGAAGUUUCUCAGAUUCAAUUUAAUUUCUGGAUUUUUUUCUCAAAUGCACUUGCUGCACUGGCAUUGAAUAUUUCAACUUUCCUAGUCAUUGGUAGAACUGGAGCAGUAACUAUCCGAGUUGCUGGAGUCAUGAAAGAUUGGAUAUUGAUUGCCCUGUCAACAGUUAUAUUUCCUGAGUCCAUGAUAACAGGUCUCAACAUAACUGGUUAUGCAAUAGCUUUAUGUGGUGUUGUUGUGUACAACUACUUAAAGAUGAGGGACUCUCGAUCCGCUCAACUUCCUUCAGGAAUUAUCCCAGAUAAAGCAGUGCAGGAUCUGAAGAUGGAGAAGUCAUAUGAUCUGUACACACCGGAUGACGAAGAUGAGAAGAAGAAGAAGAGCAAUGUGGGGAGAAGUGGAUGGAAUAGUUCCGGUCCAGAUUCUCGAGUGGAUGAAGAGGCACCUUUAAUUCCUUCACUAAAAUCCCAGCUUGGGAAAAGUUAGCAGCCAGCUUUAGGAGUGACCAAAGUAUGAGAUAGCAAGUUGACAUUACAACACCAUAUCCUUUUUUUUAAUUGGUUUUGUUAGAGCAUCGUAUAGUCAAAGUAGUUAGUGGUCUUUCAUUGUAAAGGAAAACCUAUUCUUUUAGUAAGUAAUGAGGGAUUAUUUUUGACUGAAUUCUCCUGGAUUCCAUUGUAAACAUCAAUGGCAUUUGGCAACUAUUAUUGUACCAGAUUUCUAAUCCCAAUUCUUAUUCUAAUUCUAAUGGAUUCUUAAGCCAGGAGGAAUACAUAAA